GAGAAUUUGUGCAGAGUUUCUGACCAUGACCGAGACCGCAGAAGUGGCUCCACCAGCGGCACCCGCCACCACACCCAAGGCUGCCAAGAAGAAGAAGGCGGCCGUCCGGACAAAGUCAGCCGGUCCCAAACUGGGCGAUCUAAUCGACAAGAUUGUGGCCGAUUGCCGCAGUCAGCGAGGGGUGUCCGUAGCCGCGAUAAAGAAGAAUUUGGCCAGCAGCGGCGUCGAUGUACAAAAGCUGAAAGGUCAGAUCAGGUUGACCAUUAAAAGGAAAGUGGAUAAAGGCACCCUGGUUCACACUAAGGGCGCAGGUGCCUCCGGCUCCUUGAGGGCCGCUAAAAAAGAACAUACCGGGAAAGUCGUGAAAAAAGCGAAGAAACCAGCGGCCAAGGCAUCUAAGACCAAGAAGGCAGUGACCAAGAAAUCUGUGGCCAGGAAAACAGGUGCCAAGAAAUCUCCCGCCAAGACCAAAGGGGUUAAGAAAACUGCGGUUAAAAAAGCGGCAGCUAAGAAAACAGCGACCAAGAAGACCGCGCAGAAACCCAAGAGUCCGAAGAAAGUCGCAGCCCCCAAGGUGGCCAAGAAGUCGGCAAAACCCAAGCCGAAGGCAAAAUCUGUGAAAGCCAAGAAGGCAGCGGCCAAAAAGUAAAUGCCGUAAAGACCCGAAACCAAAGGCUCUUUUAAGAGCCACCCACAUUUCCCAGAUAAGAGCUGAUCCAGAAUCGCGCGAUUCCAGAUCCUAGUCGGUUUAGAUGUCAGUACGAACUAUUUACUUUUCCUAUAUUAUCAUUUCCUAUAUUGCAUAGUACUGCUGCCGCUAAAUUAAUAAAUUUCACGAUAUAUGCCCGUAAUAUUAAACCUGAUUCUGAUUGAAUAAAGAACUCGCGCUUCUGAAGGAUUGCGCGGAGCGCUGUAUUUCAAUUCUAUGUUCGACACUCCUCUCUCCGGCAGGUCAGGUCGCAUCAGUUUGCAGGGACUUGGAGCGGGACGAGAUUAAGAAUGAAAUUAUAUGUUUGCAAUUAUCCAUAUGAUUCUGUAAAUAUUUCAGUUCAGCGUGGGUUCAUGCAAUCCUUUCGGGGCUUUAUUUUCUCCAAAAACUAGUUUGUAAAUGCAAUAAAUAAAAUUGAUCUCA